AUGGCGCCUCGACUUAACCUCUUCACAGCCAAGGCCGUCUCGGCCCUGCGCCAAUCCACCACUCCCGCACUGUCUUCCCCCGGAUGCCGAUGGAACUCCUCGCGCGAUGGCCCCAAGAAGGUCGAGCCCCAGCCCGACGAGCAGACUUACCCGACUAUCGAUCAACUCCCCGAUGUGACCGAGGAGGCCAAUGAGAUCUCCCGAAUUAUGGAGAAGGAAAAGCGCUGUGAUGGUGUUCCUUCUACUCCGGAGUUAGAUCAGGGAACGCCUGUUUCGGAGGUCCUCAGCCGCGAUCAGGACGCUAUGAAGCACAUGCCGAAGGUUAUGCGGGAUGCAUUGAAGAAGUCUGGUGGCUCACGCUCCUUCUCGACAUCUGCCCGGAGCCUUAUGAACGAUCUGCAGGGCGUUGAGCCUAACAAUGAGUCUAACCUUAUUCCUAAUAUGUCUGGACUCGAGGGUGCUAGUGAUGAGGCUGCUGCUGCUCUUGCUAGCAUGAUUGAGCAGGUGCAGGGUCAGGCUCUUGAGGAGAACCCUGGACUGAAGUUCGAUGCGCCUGCCGUCCCUGAGGAUCUUAAGACUUUGAACUUCCGCAAACGCUACGAUACCUUGCAGGAUCAGUUCACCAAGAUGAUGAUGGAGAGUGGGAAAUUGACCAAGGCACAGAAGAACAUGUCUCUCAUUCUGGAUCACCUCCGCACCUCCUCUCCUCCCCAGAUUAACCCUCGUCGCCGUCUUCUCAACGCUCCCCCAGCAUCCCAGCUCCCCCUCGACCCCGUUCUCUACCUCACUCUCGUCGUCGACUCUGUGGCGCCUCUCUUCCGAAUUCGUCAGCAGAAGGGUAUCGCCGGUGGUGGUACUGCCGUGCAGAUUCCCCACCCGCUGACUCUGCGUCAGCGCCGCCGUACUGCGAUUAAGUGGAUCAUCGAUGCGUCGGAAAAGCGACGUGAUGCGUUGUUUGCCAAUCGUGUUGCGGCUGAGGUGGUGGCUGUUGCUGAGGGUCGUAGCGGUGUCUGGGAGAAGAGGGACCAGCAGCACAAGAUUGGUAUUUCUGGUCGUGCGAACUUGAACACUAACGUGGCUUCAACGUUGCGCGACGAUUCCAUUGAACUUGUCGACUAUCAUCCUACCUCCCACACAGCAACCACCAGCGCAUCUGGUCGCGCUCACUCAAACGAAUAUCACGAUAGCGAUAGGCGAUUUGAACCUGCCGCUAAUUCGCCGCCGCUUGGCUCUGAUAUCGGUUUUAGAGAAUCGCAGGAGGGAUUAGAGCUCGACGAGCUUCGCCCCGAGGGCUCUCGUCUUAGGUUCUGGGCUGAGGCUCUCCGACGUCGCGCUUAUAACGCAUCGCACGGGAUCGUCGAUCCGGAUUCCGAAAAGAUGAAGUUCUCGCAUAGUGUGCAGUUUAACGCUGUGCCCGAUUGGAGCUCCAACUACAUCGCCUACAGCAAUUUGAAGAAAUUGAUCUACACCCUUGAGAAACAGGUCAAUCGCCUUGAUGGACCGCCUGCCACAGAUGUAGAGGCCGCUCCGCUGCUGGGUGGUGUUGAACCGAGUAACCCGGAUACAAUCUUUAAACGGGCUCUUGACGUUGAGAUGGAUAAGAUCUGUUCUUUCUAUAAGAAGAAGCAGGCGGAGAUUUUUGAACUCGCGGAUGAGCUUAUUAAAGACGCCGAUGUAUAUCUUUCCGAGACAGACGGUGUCAAUAUGGACCCCGUCAGUGAGACAAUCAUCAAGGCAAGCUCCCGUCGCGGAAAUGGCAAUACCUCGCUUCCGCACCGGCGGUCGAGUGGCAUGAGCAAUGACUCGAUGGCGGACGAUGAAGGAGAAGGCGGCGAUAGUGACGACGAUCGGUCCCCGACAAUCCUCCCACAGCGCCGGAGAUUGCUGCAGUCGACGGAUGGCGAGUCGGGCACCGACGACCAACAUGGUGAUAUGGCAGACUCUUACUUUGCAUCGUCGACCACCAGAGAACCGCACGAGUCGCACUUCAACGAUGAGGACUUCCUCGCUCUUUACAAUACCGGUAUCUCGUUGAAGAAGCGUUUGAUCGAAUGCUAUGUCUCACUCUGUGAACUUCGUUCCUUCAUCGAGCUGAACAAGACUGGUUUCUCCAAGGCCCUGAAGAAGUAUGACAAGACCUUGGACCGUAGCCUGCGCCGAGACUACCUAACCUCGGUUGUCCAUACCGCGUUACCUUUCACCGACAGCACCAUGGCUGCCAUCGAUCAGCAUAUCGAUAACGUGGAGGGUGUGUAUGCGGCCAUCGUCACGAAAAACAAUAAACAGUUUGCUAGACGCGAGCUGCGCCUGCAUCUGCGUGAGCAUGUCGUCUGGGAGCGGAACACCGUCUGGCGUGAGAUGAUCGAGAUCGAACGUCGUGCGCAGGCUGCCAAUGUUGGCAUUCGUCGGACUUUACUGGGCGGCGAUGAGGACCCGGCUACUGCACGGCGCCAGGGCGACAAGAACGAGAUCCGCACUCAGGAGGUGUCAACGCCGCUGGGUCGGUUCCAGUUCCCGUCGUGGCUCUGCAGUUUGAGCUUUGGUACGCUGAUCUUUAGUAUCGCCAUCUUCGGCGCACUGCUUUCCGUGAAGAUAAUGGACACUCCCGAGGAGCAGAACUGCUUGGCUAUGUUGGUCCUCGUCAGUAUCUUGUGGGCCACUGAGGCUAUUCCGCUGUUUGUCACUUCGCUUCUUAUCCCAUUCCUAGUCGUGACUCUCGGUAUCAUGCGGUCAGACGAUGAGCCUCAAACGCGGUUGGGACCUAAGGAGUCAGUCGGCAAGGUGUUCGCGGCGAUGUGGACUCCUGUCAUUAUGCUGCUCCUAGGUGGCUUCUCGAUCGCAGCGGCGCUGUCCAAGUACGAUAUCGCACGACGCAUGGCCAUGUUCGUGCUAAGCAAAGCUGGAUCGAAGCCGUCCGUGGUUCUGUUGACUAACAUGUUCGUGAGCAUGUUCCUGAGUAUGUGGAUCAGUAACGUUGCAUCUCCUGUGCUUUGCUACUCGAUCAUCCAGCCUUUGCUGCGCAACAUGGCUCCCGAGUCCGACUUUGCCAAGGCACUCGUGCUGGGUAUCGCAUUAGCUGCCAAUGUCGGUGGUGCAGCGUCCCCGAUUGCCUCGCCCCAGAACAUCAUCGCUCUGCAGAACAUGGACCCAAACAUCGGCUGGGGCACAUGGUUCUUCAUCGCACUGCCCGUCUGCAUCAUCUCCAUUUUCCUCAUUUGGGUUCUGCUGCUUGUGACAUUCCGUCCGGGCCGCAACACAACCGUCAUGGCCUUCCGCCCCGUCAAGGACCGCUGGACCGGCAUGCAGUCCUUCAUCAGCUUCGUCACUAUCCUGACCAUUAUCCUCUGGUGCUUUAGCCACCAGCUAGAACAUGUCUUCGGCGACAUGGGUGUCAUCGCCAUCAUCCCUCUUGUCCUCUUCUUCGGCACCGGCAUUCUCAACAAAGAGGACUUUAACAACUUCCUCUGGACAAUCAUCAUCCUUGCAGCCGGUGGUCUGUGUCUGGGCAAGGCCGUCACCUCAUCCGGCUUACUGCACACAAUCGCCAUGGGAAUCACCGCCCGCGUCGAGAACCUCAGUCUGUACAGCGUCCUCUUGGUCUUCUCUUCUCUCAUCCUUGUCAUGGCCAGCUUUAUCUCGCACACCGUCGCCGCCCUUAUCAUCCUGCCGCUUGUCCGCCAGAUCGGAGUUAGCAUGGAGGAUCCUCACCCCAACCUGUUAGUCAUGGCCAGCGCCUUGAUGUGCUCUGUUGCGAUGGCUUUGCCCACCAGUGGAUUCCCUAAUAUGACUGCUAUCAUGACUGAAGUACCCACCACAGGCCAGCGAUACCUCCAAGUCCGCCAUUUCUUGACUCGCGGUAUCCCGGCCAGUCUCAUGGCCUUUGUGGUGAUUGUCACCCUUGGUUAUGGACUGAUGUAUGUUGCGGGAUUGUAG